GAUUAGCAAACGGACUGUUUACCUUCCGCUUCAGACAGAUGUGGCAGAAUAAUAUUCUUUCAAAAUGUAUUCUCACGCUUCAGAGAGUUUAAUUAAACAAGCAAGAGAGAUUCAGGAGUCUGAGCUGCAGAAGUUUUACAGCAGAUUAAUGAAGAUGCUUCAGGGCAAGGAGCUCGGUCACGACACAGUGGACUCCCUGCAGAGGCUGCACCUCAUCCUUUCUGCCACCAAGUACACCCGAACGCUGCCUUUAGAGCUCCAGAAGAGGUUUGUAGCGCUUCUCUCAUCACCUGCGGAGCAGCAUCAGGUGCUGAGCACCGCUGUGCUCAGAGAAACGCUGCCCCUCACUGGUCAGGAGCUGAAUUACAACCAGGACAAUCUCGGUCAGCUGAACAGUCACGCUGCUGGUCUGCUGCUCUCACAGGCUGUAUCCAAGGGUGAUCUUUCAUCUCUCUGCACUCAACUCCUUCGCAAUCUGGAGAGUCGACCGUCUGAAGGGCCGACUCACUCGCUCAUGCACACCCUGCCAGUCCUCAACAACGUCCUCACACACAGCCCAGAGUGCCUCAGCGAAGAUCAAAUGACCCUUGUAAGCAAAAAGCUUGUUGAUUGGCUGCGUUAUGCUAGCGUCAUGCAGGGAGUCGGGACUUCCUCUGGAGGAUUCUUCACGGGGCCCAGAUCCCGUCAGCCGGUGCCUAUAGCAGAGCUGGAUGGGUCUGUGUCCGGAGAUUUCUUCACUGUCCUAUGUGUGGGUCAGGGCUUCACUGAAGACCAGUGGAUGAACGUCUACUCCUUUUCCAUGCUGCGUCAUUGGCUUCUCACCUACCAUUCCAGCUGCAGCACAGUAGAUGCAGCAAACAGGCUACAACUCAGCCUGUCAGUCUCCCACUCCUUUUCAAAUGAUGACCGAUCGGAGGUGGACGGGUCCGUAGUUUCUAUGGUUUCGGCAACGUCCUCCUCCAGCCGACUGCUGCCUCCAAAGGAGCGUCUCAGAGAGAAGGCUUUCCAGUACUGCCAGCGCCUCAUCGAACAGAGCGACCGCAAGGCACACAAGAAGACCGAUACAGAACUGCAAAAAGCGUGUCUGGUGGAGGCCGUGUGCAUCCUGGACUGCGUGUGUGCUGAGGACGCCUCGCUGGUCUACAGGACCUUCCCCUGCAUAAAGGCUCUCUUUGGUCGCCUCAGCUCAGAGCUGUCGAAUGCCAGAGUCCUGCUGCCCAUAGCACAGUUCUACCUCAACCACGGCGAGAUGGCUGCAGUGGACUGUGAGAACGUGUGGAAGGUGGUGUUCGGUCGGUUUCCUACGGAGCUUUUCAAUGACCCAUUCCUGGCACACGAGCUUCUACGCUUCCUUCGACUUAACGUGGAAAGCAUAGAGCUUCGGGUUCCACAGUACACGCUCUACUUUCCAAAUCUGUUGAAGUUUUUAGCAUGGGACAGUCCAGCGAUGGUGGACGACUUUGUGGAUCUGCUGCCCUCUAUGGUUACAACUGGAACUGCGGUGGAGCUGCUUCACACCCUGCUUGACCUGCCCUGUCUCUCUGCCACGCUGGUCCUGCAGCACAGGUCCACAUGUUUGCCCAUCUCUGAGCCAGUCGGUCGCAGCUUCGUGUCACUGGAUGCAUUUCGAAACCCUUCUUUCAGAGGGCUUUUCCUCUUCGUGCUCCGAACGGAGGCAGGCUCAGGUGACACAAUUGACCGACUGAGCACGCUCCACGAGCUGCUGGUUGAAGCUGCUGACUGGCCGAGAGUCACUCAGUGUGCUCGGACGGUCCCCGUGUUGUUGCACAUUUUCUUCAACACAAUUGUUACGAUCGCUGACGAGAAGCUUUUGGCUCAUUUGAUUCUGGUGAUGCUGGAGAGAAGCAGCCUGCUCCUUAACAUCCCUGCGUACAUCAAAGAGAUACACCGGGUGUUCAGCUGCCACCUGUUGAGGCUAUGUAAGCUCCACCCCUCUCUGGUCGUGAACCAGUCCCACGAGCUGCUGGAGUUUGCUGGAAGCACAGCCAACGUCUACAGCAAAGAGGAACUCUAUACACAUGUGGUGUGGGUGCUGGGAGAGUACCUCUCUGUGUCAUGUGACUCUCGCUGUUCCGUGAGCCUCAUCACUUCCUGUUUUGAAGCACUGGAGGCGGUGCUGUUUGAGAUCACUUCGUCUGCCCCUCCAACUGGAACGGUUUGCCCGGCCCCUAAAGUCAUCAACACUUUAAUGAGCGCUCUCGCUAAGCUGGCGUCACGGUCACAUGACCUCAUACCUCGGGUGUCUCUGUUCCUCUCUAAACUAAGAACUGUAACCAGAAGCGGAUCGGUUGCCUGGUGCUCUGAUGAGGAGGACCUCGUUGCUAUAGUAACACGAGGGGAGGAGUUGUGGUCGCUGCUGAAGGCCCCCGGCGUAGCUCAGAGUGUCCUGACACCACCUCCCCAUGUCAUCGCACCGCAGUGGCACAGAGACACUAAUGUGGCAUUGCCGCUUCAACUGCGAGCCCUCACAAGCCUCACACACUCACAGUGACACAAACACACACUCAUGUACAAAACGCAACAUCAUCCUGCGCUGACAAUGCAUUUUUGUAAUUGAUUUGUUUGAUGUUGACGCUGAUAUGAUUUUCAUAAAACACACAGAUCCCU